AUGUCUGAUCUCAAGGCUUCCGUUGUGGAGACCAAGAACGGUUUCCACGUCGAGGGUUAUGAGAAGAUCGAAUACGACUUCACAUUCCUCGAUGGUAUCUUCAACACGGAGAAUGGCCAGCUUGCGAAGUGCUACGAACGAUGGGGUCGUGCCCUCGCCGUCAUGGACUUGAACAUUUUCAACAUGUAUGGCGAACAGAUGCAGAAGUACUUCGACCACCAUGGCUUGGAGUUGAGGAUCCACAAGACUAUGAUUGGCGAGAAGGCCAAGUCCAUGGACACGCUUCUGAGCAUUGUGGAUUCCAUGACAGACUUUGGUAUCAUCCGCAAGGAGCCUGUUCUCGUCGUCGGUGGUGGUCUUGUCACAGAUGUCGCUGGGUAAAGCACUGCCUCGGUCGGCCUAAGAGAGAUCCUAAGGCACUCUGACCUAUUACCCACUAAGAAUCUCUUGUUAACUUUUUGCCC